GUUGCUGCUACAUCUUCAGUGUUCCGAGAGAAUCUUGUUCCAGCGGUGGUUGUGUCCGAGGCAAAAGUAAACCAACGAGGAUGAGGUGGACUUGCAUCGUGGAGCUGAAUUUUCUACGCUCGUGUGACUCCCUCUACGACCCGUCGAAUUGCGUGCCGUGUUUUUAAUUUGAUCCAUCGAACGACGAUAACGACCACUACGACCAUAACGAACGAGCAGAAAUUUCAAGACGCAAACGAAUCUAGGAGAAGCAAACGAAUUAUCGAAAGAAAGAAAAUAGCAAGAAGGGGAGGAAGAAGGAGGAAAAGAAGAAGAAGAAGAAGAAGAAGAAGAAAAAGAAGAGAGGCGAGAGAGAAGAAGGAAAAGAGAAGAAAAAAAGGAAAGGAAAGUGAAAGAGAUAUUAAGAUAAAAGCGUGAAGAAAGUGGCGUGUAGAUAAGAAGGAGGGCUCGGAAAGGAGUGUGGAUGAGACCGUCAUGCCCGCUGAGAUCGACACGGGCGGGCCAAGGGUGCUGCACUGUGAUUACCGUGCCGACUGCCCGAUACCAAUCGUAGCGUCAGUUUCCACCGAGUCUUCCUUGUGCGGCGAGAAUAGAGUUGUCGGAACGUUGACGAUCGUACGCCGACUUCCGCGGAUCGACGAAAACCAAUCGCUCGAUAGCAAAGCCCUCGAGUCUCGUCGUUGCUUUGGUUUCUCCUUUCGUCGAACCGGCGACGCGUCGUCGUCCAACCGUUCCGGAUUCCGAGGUUUUCGACGAGCGGAGCCGCGUGAUAUCGCGUUCCACGAUGUUUCCGAUCGUCAUCGGCAGCCGUCGAACGACGCGCUGUCGUGUACGAUUCGACGCGAGAACGUGCAUUAUCGUGAAAAUAGUUUCUAUCCGGUGCAACCGGAAUCGCGACUCGGCGAUGCGAUCGUCGUGGACCGGUCGCCGAUCGACCAAGAGGCGAUAACGGAGACACGAUCGGGACAACACGAGUAUUCGGUAGAACGCGAAACGAACCGGAGACUCGAUUCGACGAGGCUUCCGGUGCCUUCGAGCAAACGCGAAAACGAUACGGGCCAUAAUCGACAUCGGCAUCGGCACCGAAGUCGCGAACGAGAAGGCGAAGAAGAAGCCAGCCGCUGCUCGAAACGUUGCGGCCUGUCAACCGCGACUCGCAAUUGGCCGCGGUAUCGCCUCGCGAGCCAUGUCCCAAUAGGGAAGUCAGCAGCGCGGUUCUCUAGUCAGUCGAACGACCCUUCGAGAUCGGGCGAUCGCACGAGAUACGAGAAGUUCGUAUCGGUGCCGAGCGCGCUCCCGUCCGUGGCCGAUGAAACGUGGAAGGAAGUGGUGGACGACGCGACGAAUUCCUGGAGUAGCGAGUCGCGCGUCACCAAGGUCGUGGCGAGUACCGAUGGCCAGUGCCGGCAGACCGACUUUCCUUCGUUCGAUCCCCAGGAGUCCUUGACGAGAAGUGACCGUGGAACGAGGAAGAAGAAACGCGUGUGCUCUAACAACCGUUCGACGUACAUUCAGUUAGCGUUACUGUUGUUCCUCGUCGCGUUCGGACAGUGCGGACUUCGUAAAUCAAGUGUGGUUAACUACAGUGCGAAACCGAGUACAACCGGGUUGAGUGUGUUGACGAUUGGUACAGUUAUCAGUGCAGUGAGUGCCGCCCCGGUUGAUUUAAUGGGUGACGCCGGCGUGAGGGCAGAACGAUCGGCCAAUUUGUCGCACAUCACUGGCGCUUCCAGGAAAAUCCAGAUGUACAUCAAGAAUCGGCAUUUGCAGAUCCUGCCAGAUGGCACGGUAAACGGUUCCAACGACGAUACUUCGGAUUACACAAUAUUUCAACGAACGUCUGUAUCCAGGGGUCAACUGAGGAUCCAAGGUGUUGCGACCUGUCUGUACCUGUGCAUGGAUUCCUGUGGUCUUCUGUACGGCUCGCGCGAGUACACGGACGACUGCGUGUUCAACGAGACACUGGAACAGCACAAUUACAACACCUACAGCUCGGCGAAAUGGUCGACGGCAAAGAAAACCUUGUACCUCGGAUUGAACCGUCGUGGCCAGCCGAGGAGGGUACAGGCCAAGGGUCACAAUUUGGGUAGACUGUCCGCCUACGCGCGGGUAUUAACUCAGGUCGCUCCUUCGGAGCGAGUGGAGGCUCUUCAAAGACGGCUGUUGGGAGCUCAACACAACGUUCGUCAUCGGCAUAACAGUCAUCGCGGCGAUUUGAUUCAGCAAUCCCUCUGUCCCACUCUUCCGGUACAGGAAAAGGAUGGCAGAGAUAAAUUCAGGUGUCGCAAGCGAAAAAAGAGAAAGAAGAGGAAGCGAAGGUGCAGGCCAGGCGAGAUGCCGGGUCCACAGUGCCAAAUGGUAGAGGAGAGCGGGAAGGGUGUGGUAGUUUCGGGCAGAAACGAGAGCCUAGCUUCGAACGGGACUUCGUUAGAGUCGAAGAGGUCCUGCGAGGGUGCUGCGAGCGAGGAAGCCUGCCGAAGAGAGGCACUUUCGGUUCCAUCUAAGAAACGGAAGCUACGGGUCGACCAGACGAAAGGAGGAAUAUCGUCGGCUGGCGGCAGGAACAUCGCUACGGGCAGAAAGGUGGACGCGAGCAGGAACGUCACCGUGAGCAAAUCGAUCGCUGGAAGUAGGAACGUCACUGCGAGCAACAACGGUGAGAGAAAAGCACCAGCGUCAAACUCAAAAAAAGUAAAAGCUGCUGGCAGCAUGAGUCAAAGUAAAAAGCCCAAUUUGACAGAUGGGAAGAGAAAGAGGAAGAAGGGGCCAGCAGCGGCAACGGCAGCGGCGCCUGGCAAAGUGGACACCACGUCUGCGGUGCCCACGACAACUCUCGCAUCGACCUCCGUAACGUCAUCCUCCUCCUGGUCGUCUCCUGGUACGUCAAUCGCCCCUUGAGGGGAGGAAGUCUCGUCUAGGCGCAGGACCAAGCCGUCUUCCUCGUCGAGGAACGUGUCCGUUGGUUCGAAUGGUACCGUGAGUCCUCCUAGAAUAAAGAGAGCGUUCGGUGGAAAUCGCACGGAAACGAUAAAUCGGGUGGCUUUUUACAGCGUCGCAGCUCGAAACAAUCGGCGGUGACCGUGAACGUUCCUGAGAUCGUUUUCGAUCGAUAUUCUCCGAAAUUCGAGCCCGUCUUACCGUGCAACUGUCCCAGACCAUGGAUACCUCGAGAUCGUUGUCCAAAUUCUUACGCUAUGGCCACGACGGACGAGCGUUCCGACCGACUGCCGUUUCCAACGAAUACGUUGGAGCAAUCGAUAUCGCUAGAUAAUCGAGAAGAGGCUGUUCUACGCGUGAACAUAAAUGUUGAAAAUGUAUAAUAAAGCUUCGAAGUAUCGAUUUUCAGCAAAUACGCGGGUUAAAUUUUCAGACUCUAUCUUUUCUUCAAAACGUGGAACGUUUCUUGCGAGCAUAUACGUUUCGAUCAUCGGAUAUUCUAUUUCUCAGAAUGACAAUUCGAACGGAACACGAAUCCAUCGUAACGAUAUCCUUGCCCGUCGACGACGAACACUCGUCUUCGACGACGUUUUCGAACGACUAUUACGCGACUAUUACGAUCGAUAUAUCGAACGUUCGCCAUCUCGAUCGAAGCAACGAUCGAAAUGACAAUCGGCGGCACGUUAGACCGUGCGAGAAGAAUAAGCCGGUGGAAGGAGUCGACGAUGCAUACGACAGCGAAAGGUUCGACACGCCGGAAACUGUAUCUAUAGUUAUACGGUCAAGCUCCGGGGAUCCCACUCGAGAGACUGGCCAUGCGAGGCGGUACACGCGAUCGCCUUGGGCCAGAUUCGACCGCGUUUCGCGGCAAUCAAUGUAAACUUACGUGUACAUAGUAAUCAUGCUACGUUUACGAUUAACAACAUACUCCACAUUUAUGUAUGACGAUUGCGUGCGCAUGAAAUGUUCCCCGCGGAAAACUGUCGGUGUUUCGACCCCGCGAGUGGCUUCCAAUCGAAAGAAAUUCGAGGAUGAAAGGAUGUUCCACUUUUUUUUUUUUUUUUGAAUAAGUAACAUACUCUGUGGAUGAAUGCUUCGAUCUCUUACGCUUCCAAGUAUCUCUUCUCCGUACGGUAAUCCGACUAAAAGAGUAAUUUUCAAAUUUCUUAACAUUACGCGACGACUAAAUACUCCGAUUUAUGUAAAAGAGAGCUUGCGGAAGUGACGAGUUUCGCUUUUCAUUAAUUCCUUUAUUUCGUUACAUACCUAACUACGAUACGUCGUUCGUCGCAACAAGACAAUAUGAAUCGAACGAUGGUAAAUUUAGCAAAGACGAUGUAUCAUCCCUUCUCUGUAUUCUUCGAUUUACGGAGUUUAUCGAUGUGUUUCGAGCGGCUCAUGUAUAGAAUCUAUAAAAAUCAACGCUAAGCUUCGUUAACUCGGAUCAGAAGAAAAAUAAAAUCUCAACCUUACACAGUCAACGUGAAAUUCCAUUGGAGAAACACGCCUUGAAC